CCUGUAAGAAGGCAGCCAUGUCGGGAGAACCAGGCCAAUAUUCCGACGUAGAGUCGGAAUAGGUCCCUUAAUAAACCUCGCCUGGAAGUAUGACAGAAGCAGAAAGUACCCCGAUUGUUAUUAAUUCUGAAGAAGAAGACGAAGACGAUGAUGAUAUAGUUGUUCUGAAGGAAGAAAAGGUGCCAAUUCCAGCAGAUGAUGAUGACGAUGACGAUGAUGCUGUCAUCUUCAUCAUCCACGAGCAUUACUAAAAGUAAAGACAAUACUGCCCUGGGACCAAAAACAGAGCCAUCCUCUUCCAAAGACUUGACCCGAAGCCUCAGUCUCACAUCUUCAUUUGAUGUUUCCCUGAACUUGACAGGUCCACUGGACCUGUCCAAACAUACAGAGAGGGAUGGCGACGAUGGUGUGGAUCCCACCACGGCUGCAGCCACGAGUGUCAAGCUGUCCGAUAAAGAGACCUUAGUUGAUUUAGAGGAGACAGAUUCACAGCAGAGUUUAACAGAUGACCUCUUGGACAGUGUUGGUGGGUCAAGUCUAGACAAUUCCUUUGUUGGACCAGGAUCUCCCUCCGUUGACAGCAACAGCAGCAACUCAUCAGUGUCCUUGCCAGCAACACCCCCGUUAAAAUGGAGCCCCCAACCUUCGACGUCAGGUGUGAAAACAAACAGUGUGGUUGGUGGGCCCACAGACCUUGUCCUUCCCCAAGGAAAAGCAGGGUCACCAUGCAUUGAUGAUCUGAACUUUCUGGAACUGUUGCGAAAAUACGACUACCCUUCAUCCCAGUCAACAGACAAUCAGUCGUGUAUGUCUAUAGGGGCGCCACCGUCGCCCUCUAUAUCAGUCACCACCCAGCCAGUCGGUGCAGUGCCCACACAUAUUCACCCCAACAGCUGUGAUACCACACUUUCUUCCUCGCCCACGAGUCUUUCAGCUAGUAGUAAGCAACUCCCAUGCAUCGGAACAAGCUCAAUGAUAUCACCAACUUCAAAAUCUCUCCUGCGAUCGGGAACAACCACAUGCCACAGAUAUUCCUCUAGUCAGGAUCCGUUACCUAAAACCAGUUCUUCAGCAAACACUGUGUGUCAGUUCACAGACCUUGUACAUACAACCCUGUCUUUGAACAUCGCACCCUCACCAACUUCUCCAGUCUCAAAAGUCACAAUUUUGCCCAAACCGACAUGUGUGUCUACUGUUCAAAGCUCUGCGGGUCCAUCCACGUCUAGGACAGAUUUGAGUUCCAAUUCAGGAUUAACUUCUGACGUUACUACUGGUUCAAACUUGAAUUCAGAUUCCAGUUUAGGUUCAAACUCAGUUCCUGCUUGUGGAACUGGGAUACGAUCAGGAAACAGUCAGUCAUGGACGACGGGGACGUCCAGACUGUCUCAGCUUAGUCUCCCUCCGAGAAAACGGGUGCGACCGGAUACUGUGAUGUUGACUCCGACAUCAUCGUCGUCCAAGUCUGAUGAUGCGUGUGUGAAUUGUAAGAGCAUCCUGCAUGACCUGAAGGUGUCGCGGUGUACUCAAGGUCAUCCAGCCUGCUCCACCUGCCUUGAGGACCAGGUCAAGCUCAUUCUCACAGACAAACAGGGUUCGCUGAAGUGUAUCAUGGUGAGCUGUGGCAGUUACUACCCCAUGAGUGAGCUGAAGUACACCCUUCCCUCCAUGGUUGUGGAGAUUCUGGAGGAUAAGCUCCACAAGGAGCACAUCAACUUUGUGUGUGACAUGCUGCUACCGGACACUGGCGCCGAUGACCAGUCUGGGACUGCCACUGCUGCCAAAUCAGGGAAAACAGGCACCAAAGCCGAUGAGGCUUCGGCAGGCAAAAAGCAGAAGUUUGAUGAGGAUGUUCUGAGCCUGUUUGAACCGUUAAAAGAGGUUCAGUCCUCGCCGGAUGAGGACGAGAAACUGAAAUCUCCGGAGGAAGAUAAACCUCAAAAAUGGGACCCAAUGGAUAAAAUGGUGAACCUUGCAAUUAUGGCACUGGAACCUGAAUCUGAUGAGUACGUGGAAGUGGCUGUCAAUUUCUACAGCACGCUGGCUUUCCCCUCGGCAGACAUCGUCAAAAUAUCACGAGUCCAAAACCCAAUUCUCUGGAAAUACUAUCAGCUGAAGCGCACAGAGAUGAUUCAUGAAAAUGAUGGACACCAGGUAGAUGAACGCCAGCUGUUUCACGGCACAAACAGUUCCGUCAUCGAGGCCAUCUGCAAGAAAGGUUUUGACUGGCGUGUCUGUGGGAAACAUGGAAGUGUGUAUGGACAAGGGUCGUACUUCGCGAAGGCGGCUUCCUACUCUCACCAGUACACGGAGAAGGUCAGUGGCCACCGAUCUCGGAUGAUGGCCAUUCGCACCUUAAGUGCACUUACAUCCUCCAGUCGAACGUCGAGCUCGUCGGCCGUGUUCCGCCAGCCCCCGGGGAGUGUUCUCAUCGGACCGUUCAACCAGAUGCAAGUGAACCAGUUGAUACCUCACAACUUCCUCCCCCCUUCCGCCCACAUGCCUCUGGGGUCGUCACUAAUCUCUGGUAUCCAUGGACAGCUCACCCCUCCCAGCACCGCCGCGCCACCCCCUCCCCAGCCUCAGUCCUCGUCUCGGAGCAAUCUCACAGUAAUAUCAAACAUCUUCUCAGGGCCUAUGCCAACCAACAAUUCUAAUCCUGUAAUAAACUCGAACCAGAACAUGCCGGUGCCGGAGUCCAACCAUCCAUCUUCCUCGGCAGGCAUGACUCGAGGGUUUCCUUUGACCAACGCCGGCCGAUGUUCUGCGUUCAACACCAGCAAUAACAAUACAACGUUCCCCCAACAAGCCAACUUCCUGCGUCAGGGUUCCGAGCCCUCUCCACUGAGACAGAACAACUCCCAGAAAUCCACAAAAGAUGCCAAGGUCAGGGUCGUACCGAUGGCAGACAUUACGUCGUCACAGACAAGGAAAAUGUUCCUCGCCAAGGUGCUUGUUGGGAAAUACACAGGCGGGAAUACAGGCCAUCGACGACCCCCACCCUUCUACUCGGCCGAACCUUACGGGAAGUGCUAUGAUUCAUGUGUAGACAAUAUAUGGGACCCUAAGAUCUUUGUGAUUUUUGACAGCAACCAGGCGUAUCCGGAAUAUAUUGUUGAAUACAAUGUGAUGAACGAGUGAUCCAAGAUUGUCCAGUUGUGUACUUGGACUUGUGGCCAUUUGUCAAUGUUCUCCCUUGUGAAUGUGUGUUGUCAUGGAUACUGAAUAGCUCCAUAUAUGAAGGCGGUUACUAGGCGACUCUGUACACAAGGUAUCAGUAUGAGUGGUUAUGUGUAAAAUUGAUGUUCCUUAAACUUUACAGAAUAUUAAAAACAUGAAGCUUUGUGGGAUAUAUUCAUGUUGAUAAUAAUCAGUCCAAGUGUCUGUCAUCGGAAACGAUGAGAAUCUAACGAUUAAAUGUCGUGUUUCUCAUCACUUGUUCAGGUUUCCAUGGUGAUGGACUUGCAGCUCUUUUAGUGUGCCAGAAAUCGAUGAAUUUAGAUUUACCCUGAUUAUGUUUUUUCUAGGUUUUUCAAUUUUUUUACAUUUUAGGGUUUGUUACUUUAGACGGACUGCUGAAGCAAACAUGCUGGGGAAAAACUAAGCUGAUAAUUUUUUUGGUAGAGUAUGCAUUCAAUAAGGACACGUUGGAAUCGUCAGGUAAUGAGUUUUGAGGAACAAAAUUUGUUAUUUGACAUUUUCUCAUUGUUGACUGCUAUAUUUUUAGAAGAAUAACAUGUUUGAGUAUUUAUUUAAUAUUGAGCUGUUUGUUUUAACUAAUGAAAGUGCUAUCCGAAAAGUAAUGCUUGGUUGAUAAAUUAAGACAGUUUGUGAUAUCUAUUUAAUUACUUAUUGUUACUGAACUUAUUGUUGUUUAUGAAUUAGCCAACUUUUAGACAAAAGCAAAAUUGGAAAAUUAUUGUAAUUCCAAUUUCAGUGGUGAUAAUAAUUUUAAGUACUGAAUACUUCAUUGUCAGCACUUGGUAAAGGUCAAAUGAUUUGAUUAAGCUCUCAAUUGAUCUAUUUACUUAAUUUAUUAUGAGAAUUUCAACUGAAUAAUAAUAAUAAUAAAUGUGAACUUAUAAUGCACCUUUCAAUGAAAUUUCAAUGAGUUGACGGUGAAUACUGCAAACACUAGUGCUCAUCUUUUUAGUUAGAGGGUUUUUCAGCUUGAUUCUGAAUCAGAUCAAGAAAAUAUUAAUGUUACUUCUAAUUGUUAAGGGGGCGGUGGGGUAGCCUAGUGGUUAAAGCGUUGGCUCGCACGCCGAAGACCCGGGUUCGAAUCCCCACAUGGGUACAAUGUGUGAAGCCCAUUUCUGGUGUCCCCUGCCGUGAUGUUGCUGGAAUAUUGCUAAAAGCGGCGUAAAACCAAACUCAGUCAGUCAGUCAGUCAGUCUAAUUGUUAAGGAACGAAUCCUGUUUUAGUAAAACCCUUGUUGGACUGUAACUAUUUAAUAUUUUGUGUUUGUGAAAAUAACAUUGAAUCUUGUUGUCUUUGUUGGUAUUGAUAAUUGUUAGGCUGGAUUAAACUCACAUUUCAAUCUCAAUAUGUAAUGAGAGCAAACAGCUUAUGGCUGACAUUAAGAAGCAACAAAUUAGUUCAAGCUUGUUUUUAUUACACGGCCACAGUUACAGUGGAAAUCAGAUUAUUUUGAAAGUUUUUAAAUGUUUCUGAUCAAAUAAUUUUUCAUGAUUGUGUGCAAUGACAUUAGAAGGAAUCUCUAUCUGAUUGCAAGAAGGUUAAACAAGGAGGUUGAUAUGGAGGAGGGAAUAAUAGGCUGUAUCACCACAGUGUGAAUGACCACUCGACAGGCCAGGUGACCAUCCACACUACACAGCGAUUUCGGUUGCCAGUGCCCAAGUUAGCUCACCUGAUUUCAAGUCUAGUGAGCUUAUGUUAUGGCUAGCUUGUCUGAAACUCUCAUCAAAUGAGUAUAAGUUUUGAAAAACUAACGUCACUCAAUUCCAAUCUUUAUUAACUUACAAUAAACAAUACAAAGCCUUCAUCUCAAACCGAUAAUGAAGACAGUACAUAAAAUUCAAUAAUUUCACAGAAUAACUAGCUAUUUGAAAUAUUCCAAAGAAAGAAUGGUAACUCUGGAAGUUACAAAUUCAGUAAUACAGAGUUACUUCCCUUGAUUGGACUUGCCACAACAGGUAUCCUGAAAUUGCUUGGCCAAUCACAAAGAGGAUACAUCAUGUUGGCAGAAAGAUUCCAAUGUUUUGCAGCAAAUUCUAUAAAUACAUUUGAGUGAAAUAUGGUGUAAAUUUUGAAAAUAACCUUGACCCAGCUGGAGUAACUAUCACAUGUUUACUCAACUCUGUAGUCAUCAGUUUUGAAUAAAAGUUUAUUGCAUGUGAAUUCAAUAUGUUGCAUGUUUUGAGGAGUUAGAGUAAUAAAAUAUUAUGGUUGGUUUGUUCACAUCUGAACCUUUGGUAAGAAAUGCUAAUAGUCUUGACCGCUAUUGUAAAAAUUUAUUAUUCUUGAUGACAAUUUGUAAUUGCUUCAUUUGUUCGUUUGAAUUAUAUAAACAGCAAGAGUUACUUGGGGUGAGGGAUUGAUUGUUACAGGCUGGAAGGGGCAGUGGGGAAAGCUAGGGGUUAAAGCGUUCACUUGUCAUGCCGAAGACCUGGGUUCAAUUCCCUAAAUCGGAACAAUAAGUGAAGCCCAUUUCUGGUGUCCCCUGCUGUGAUAUUGCUGGAAUUUUGCUAAAAGCUGUGAAAAAAACAAACUCACUCACACCCUCUGAUUAAACAUUGACGGUGAGCUACAGAACCUGGGGCUGCUCUUGACCACACUCACAGUACGACUUAAUCUACCCUGGAAUCCCAGGAUGCAUUGACUUAAUGAUUUUAAUAAUAUCCAUCCCUUGAUAGUACUCAUAUUAACAUGAGUUCACUGAGAAAUCCACACUGUUUGCUUAUUAUAAUCUAGAGGUUUCAUGCUGUUUCAUGAGCCAUGAAAUUGAGUUAAGAUUUUUACUUUUUAAUUUGUACCUAAUUGUAUGUUAUUUCUAAUUUGUUUUCUGUCUGGGUUCAUAGUUUAGAGAUGUGAUACUGUGUACUACGUCAAACCAUAACUGUUAGCUAAGGAUCCUAUUUAUUAGCUAGACCAUGUAUAUAAACAGCAUCGUGUUGAUGCACAUUGACAUGUUCUUGUAGUUUAAUACAAUCAUAUACUU